CAGUGAAUUGAAUGAAACAUGUCAAAACAUUAAGCAUUAAACCAUAUAUGAUGAUGAUGAUGAUGAUGAUGAUAAUCAUUAUAAUCAUCCCAUAAUGAUAAUUACAUCAACAAUAUUCUAAUGGCCAAUAACAUAUACAAUCGAUCACAACAUACAACAACAGCAACAUGAGAUAAAUGGCAAUGAAUUUGAAUUCGAUGAUGUUGAUGAUGAUGAUGAUGAUGAUUGUGUCAUGCAAUGACAAUUCGUGUAUAUACGGCAUUCCAUUCGCAUUUUUUUUCUACCAAUACGCCCAACUUCAAAAUCACUUGUUUCAUAAUAUCAUUAUAAAUCUCAAACAACGAAAAAAAAAAAAAUCUUUCUUCCUGGUUCGUUGUCAUCAUUGUCAUAUAUACAUGAAAUUUAUCUCUCUCCCCUUUGCAAGACGGCGGACAUGUAAAUAUUUUCAGGGACAUGUAUGCAUUCAGUCAAUUCAAUAUAUACAAUCAUGUCGCUGAUAAAGAAAAUUUUCAAAAAAUUUUUCGACCCCCAUCAUCCAGAAUCGAAUGAAUUUCGUUGGAAUUUUACAUUAUGGUUAUAUAUCAAUUAUUCAUGGCCAAUCUAUAUGGGUAUUGUUUGGAUCUGUUUUCUAUCACAAUUUUUUCGUCCAGCAAUUGUUUGUAAUGGAAAUAAUUCAAACAUCGAUUAUGAGAUGGCCGAAUCAUUUUGUUUUCUUGAAUCAAGUUUUUAUCAUUCUAAAUUUUAUGAUGCUGACCACUAUGAUCAAAAUGUUUAUCAUUUUAAUCGUAUUUAUUAUUGGUUAAUACCAAUUAUGAUUACAAUGUGUUUAAUGUUUACAAUACCGAAAACAAUAUGGAAUCGAUCAAAAAAUUGUCGCCGUUUACAAUCGGUAAUCAAUGAUUCAAUUAAAUCAUAUGGAAAUCAUGAUCGUACGAAAACAUUGAAAAUAAUUGCUACAUUGUAUCGAAUUACCAAAUCGAAUCAUCAGAUGACAAUUGUUAUUCUAUUUAUACAUCUAUGGAUAUUGAUUUCAUUACCAUUGAUGAUUGGAAUGUUUGCAUGGACAAUGUUUGUACAAUCAUCAAAAAACACUGGAUCCAUAUUGACAUAUGGUUGGGAUUGGAUCAAAUUUCAAUCAUAUGAUAAUAAUAAUAAUAAUAACGUUACAAUGCAAGAAGAUCCACUACAAAAGCUAUUUCCAACCAUAGUACCAUGUACAUAUCGUUAUUAUGGACAAAGUGGUCAAUUACAACGAACAGAACUAUUAUGUUCAAUUAAAUUCAAUCUAUUAUUAGGACGAAUCAUGCUGUUUGUAUGGUUUCAUCUUUUAACAUUGGCUUUGUUGAUUAUAAUUGAAUUGAUAAAAAUAACGUUGCUUUCUAGUCCAAUGAUACGUUCUUAUUAUAUUCAUUAUAGAUUUUUACAAAAUUAUCAAUUUAAACAUGUAAAACUUAGCUAUCCAAUGAUGUUAAUUAUACGGAUGCUUCCAAUCAAUAUUGGACAUUUGAAUACGAUAAAAUUAUUGAUUGAAAUUCAUGGUAAAAAUGUUAAAAUCAAUGACAAACAAUGAUGGCCAUGCACAUUAUUCUCUUUUUUUUUGUUUAUCGAUGACCCUAUGAAAUUUCUCUCAAUUUUUUUGUUUGUUUCUUUGAAUUUUUUUUUAAUGAUGAUAAUCACCAAAUAAAUUUAACAUUGUCUGACCUGUUCA